CUGGAAGCGACUUGUGAGUAUCCGUCAAUUUGGCGUCUGACGGGACUGCUGAGAAAUGCCCGACUGCCUCGCUACUCAGCUCUGAGGACUUUUCUCCUGUAGUUUGUGCUCUUUCAGGAGGAAGGACUCUGCUCAGAGUUUACAAGAGAAAGGCAAACUUUUGCGUUGAAGUGGCAGCUCCUACCCUAUAGCCCUCGCUAUGGAUUGUAUGUAUUUAUUGUUGUGCUUUUCUCUCAGUCAAGUAUUUUUGGAGCAUAUUUUCGCUGCAGAAACGGAUGAAAAACUCUCUGGAAAGUUAAGUGAAUAUGGUCUUAUCGUGCCCUUCAGCACAGACUCCCAUGGUCGCUACAUUUCUCACGUGGUCUCUCUUGGAAGUGGAAGUAAAAGUGCUGCUGCUGCUGAUGGUGCUAGUGCUGCUACAGAGGCUGCCUCAACCCUUGGCAGCAGAAGAAGGGUGGCUCGUGGUGCCCCUGAGAUGCCCUCAGUCACCCCUUCCUCAUCUCAACACUUGUUUUUUAAUGUCACUGUGUUUGGAAAGGAACUUCAUCUCCGCCUGAGGGCCAACAGGCGGCUGGUGGCUCCCGGGGCUUUUGUGGAAUGGCAGGAAGACUUUAAAGAGACAGCCAAGGAAGCCAUCCACAGGGACUGCGUUUUCACUGGGGAUGUGACUGACAUGCCAGAGGCCUCUGUGGCAAUCAGCAACUGUGAUGGACUGGCAGGCCUGAUCCGGACUGAUAAUGGGGAGUUUUUCAUUGAACCCCUCGAGAAGGGCCAACAGGAUGUGGAAGUGAAGGGGCGAGUGCAUGUGGUCUACCGCAGAUCAGCCAUCAAGCGAGAGACGGGCCAGCGGAGGGACGAUUUUCACAAUGAAGUGGCAGACUUUGGAAUUGCAGAUCUCCCAGCGGCUCUGGAUCUCGUUGAACAUAAACUUUCUGAGUCCGAACGCAAGAGGAGGCAUGCAAAGAAAGAUGACUACAACAUUGAGGUGCUGCUGGCUGUGGAUGACUCUGUGGUGCGCUUCCACGGCAAGGAGCAUGUGCAGAAUUAUGUUCUCACCCUAAUGAACAUAGUUGAUGAAAUCUACCACGAUGAAUCUUUGGGAACCAACAUCAACAUCGUCCUCGUCCGCAUGAUAAUGGUCGGGUACCGGCAGUCUAUAAGCCUGAUUGAGCGUGGCAACCCAUCUCGCAGCCUGGAGCAGGUGUGCCGAUGGGCCAACACGCAGCAGCGCCGCGACCCCGACCACGCUGAGUACCACGACCAUGCCAUCUUCCUUACAAGGCAAGAUUUUGGUCCCGCAGGUAUGCAAGGUUAUGCUCCAGUGACGGGGAUGUGCCACCCACUAAGGAGCUGCACCCUGAACCAUGAGGAUGGCUUCUCCUCUGCCUUCGUGGUAGCUCAUGAAACCGGCCAUGUGUUGGGUAUGGAGCAUGACGGCCAGGGCAAUCGUUGUGCUGACGAGACCAGCAUGGGUAGCAUUAUGGCACCUCUUGUCCAAGCAGCUUUCCACCGUUACCACUGGUCACGUUGCAGCAAACAGGAGCUCAAUAGAUACAUCCACUCUUAUGACUGCCUGCUGGAUGAUCCGUUUGAACACAAGUGGCCCAAGCUUCCUGAGCUACCUGGAAUAAAUUAUUCAAUGGAUGAACAGUGCCGCUUUGACUUCGGUGUUGGUUAUAAAAUGUGUACAGCUUUUCGAACUUAUGACCCCUGUAAGCAGCUGUGGUGCAGCCACCCUGACAACCAGUAUUUCUGUAAGACCAAAAAAGGUCCUCCAGUAGAUGGGACAGAGUGUGCACCAGGAAAGUGGUGCUUCAAAGGCCAUUGCAUCUGGAGAUCCAGCCAGGAGCCUCAAGGUCACGAUGGGAGCUGGGGAUCUUGGUCAAAGUUCGGAUCGUGCUCUAGAACGUGUGGAGGAGGAAUUCGUUCCCGCAGCAGGCAGUGCAAUAACCCUCCACCUGCUUACGGUGGCCGAGAAUGCCCUGGCUCUGCUUUUGACUACCAGAUGUGCAACACGGAGGAGUGCGCUGGCCCUUACGAGGACUUCCGUGCUCAGCAGUGCAUCCAGAGGAGCAACAAAUACCACAAAAACAUCAAGCACACCUGGCUACCGUAUGAGCACCCAGAUGAGGCCCGUAAAUGUGAGCUGAGCUGUAAGUCAAAAGAAACAGAAGAGGUGGUGUUCAUGAACCAGGUGAUGCAUGAUGGGACGCGGUGCAGCUACUCAGACCCCUUCAGUGUGUGUGCUCGAGGAGAGUGUCUCCAUGUGGGCUGUGACAAAGAGGUUGGCUCUUACAAAGAAGAGGACAAAUGUGGAGUGUGUGAGGGGGACAACUCCCACUGUCGCACUGUGAAGCUGACACUCACCAAGACCCCCAAAAAGACUGGGAUGCUGAAAAUGUUUGACAUCCCCAUUGGAGCCCGCCACAUACUCAUUGAAGAGAAUGAGACCUCACCUCAUAUAAUUGCUGUAAAGAACCAAGUUACUGGAAACUUCAUCCUGAAUGCUAAAAGUGAAGAUGCUGAAUCAAAGACCUUCAUCGAAAAUGGCUUACAAUGGGAGUAUACCAUCGAUGGUGAGAGGGAGACAUUGAAGACAAGCGGUCCUCUGCAUGAAGGCAUUGUAGUUCUGGUCAUUCCACAUGAAGAGGAGGUCAAAAUUAGCUUGACAUAUAAGUACAUAAUACACGAGGACCUGUUGCCGCUUAUUACCAACAACAAUGUUCUUCUUGCUGAGCUGGACACAUUUGAGUGGGCGCUGAAGAGCUGGUCUCAGUGCUCCAAAUCUUGUGGAGGAGGUAUACAGUACACAAAAUAUGGCUGCAGGAGGAAGAGUGACAGCCGUUUAGUGCAUCGCAACUUCUGUGAAACCAGUAAAAAGCCUAAACCCGUGCGGAAACGCUGUAACAUGCAAGAGUGCAGCCAGCCUACAUGGGUGGUAGAAGACUGGACUCCCUGCAGUAAGACCUGUGGAAAGCUCGGCUACCAAACCAGGGUGGUGCAGUGCAUGCAGUCACUCCACAACGGUACCAGCAGGCCCGUUCAUAGCAAACACUGCACUGAUGACCGCCCAGAGAUGAGGAGAGCCUGUAAUUACACUGCAUGCCCCGCCCAGUGGAGGACAGGGGCGUGGUCUCAGUGCUCAGUGACCUGUGGCGAAGGGAUUCAGCAAAGGCAGGUGGUCUGCAAGGCCAGCGACAACACCGCUGCAGAAUGUGAGGGCGAGAAACCAGAAACUGUCCUUAUUUGUAAACUGAGUCCAUGUCAAGGGUUACCAUUGUCUUCUCUCACCGCACAAACAAUGGAAAAUUCUACAAUGAAAGACGAAGCUGUGUAUCAACAGGUUCCUUCAAAUGAGCCAUGUCAGGGUGAUAAAUCAAUUUUCUGUCAGAUGGAGGUUCUUUCUCGUUACUGUUCCAUCCCUGGAUAUUAUAAGCUUUGUUGUGAGUCUUGCAACAAGAAAGAAGGCCUCACCACACAUGACUCUGACUUCUACAACACUGAACAUGAGACCUCCAAGGCUCUAAGGCAAGCCACCACAACCCAGAGCACACCACAAACCACAAAAGCCAUCAGUCGACAGCUAUUCUCCACUUCUCUCAUGCCAACCACAGCUGCCGCUGCUCAGGCUUCACCACCAACAGAUGCUGCUCUGCUUCAGCAUCCCACCAACAACAACUUCCCCUCAGGGAAGAGAGAGUCCAACGUGGAGCCCACUCUACCUCCGAGGCCGACGCGGCCCACAGCAGACUCCAGUGGAGGUGCCUCUAAAGAGCACAGUCCAAACAGCACUUUAGGCCCAGUUGCUGCUAGGUCAAGAAGGGACAAUUUAGGAUCUGAGAGGGACUCAGGUCACAGAACCCUGUCAGCUCAGAAAUGAACAGUGAGCUAUUUGUGAACGUGUUCCGCAGUGAGACUGUCUCGAACAUCAGCUCACUCUUCGCAGUGAUUGAUACACUUUAAGUCUUGCUGCAGAUUGUCUUUUUUUUUUUCCUCAGUAUUUUUUUCUCCAUGCCAGUGGAACUCAGACCAGCCCAGUGAUGGUUACCUCAUCAAAACUCCAGAAUGAUGUGUGUGCAGAGACUGCCCAUGCUCUGCCCUCUGUGCUUCAAAUAUGAAACGGAAGACAAUAACAACAAAAAAAACGAAGGUGCUGUAAACUAAACUGACUAUAUGAGGUGUUCAAAAUGUGAUGACUGCAUUGCUACAUUCAUGUUUUUAUCUGUGUAAAGUUGUGUAAGCCUGUUUUUUUCAAGUGCAUUGGAACUACUAUUGAACUUGUAUUCUGAACGUGGACGUGCAUGUGACCACUAUAAACUCUUGAGUGUGCCAGCAGACAAAUCCAGCAGUGUUCAUUUAGAAUUAAUGAAAUGCUUUUUUGACUUAAUGAAUCAAAAUUUGACAUAUUUUAAAUGAAUGAUAAUUUAUUGAAUAAGCAAAAGUAGGAUCACAAAUAUUAGAUUGGGAUAUUUGUCCUUCCAUUUACCCACAAUUCUGCCCACAAAUCUUACAUGUUUGAUGGUCUCACACAAAAACGUCUGCAGGCAGAAUGAAAGCAAAACAUUAGUGAAAACCCACAGAAGAGAAACUGGGGUUGUGCACUGGGAUCUGGUGACCAGCCUUUUUCAGUUUCAGCUCAAGGUGUUACCUCUGUGCAUUCACCUUUUCUCUAAGCUAUAACAUUAAAACAGCUUACAACAUGAAGUAUUUAAAAAUGUCACAUUAUGCUCUGAGGUGUCUCCCCCACCCCCUGGAAUGGUCCAGGCUUUUCUCCCUUACAAUUAACAUAGCUCAUUUGCAAAAUAUUUUCUUUCUCUACGCACUCUUCUUGACCCUAGAAUGUUUUCUUUUUGAAUGUAAAUGUCAUGAAAUUUUAUAAGGAAUAUUUGGGGACUUAGAAAUAAACAGUCGUGCUGGAAAGAAAAUCUUAUGACACCUAAAGCUGUAUGCAUCAUGCAAUUUGAAUGUUCUGCCUGCAAGGAAUUGUGGGACAGAUUCAGCUCUAAGAUAGUCCCUUGUUCCUAUGCUAUUGGACGGGGUUCUUCAACUCCAGUCCACGAGGGCUGCAGUCCUGUAGGGUUUUGCUCUUUUACUGAUUAGAGAGAAAAGAGAGGAAGUAUAACAGAGCACAUCAGAUGACUACAAAUGUGCUUGAUCGAUAGAAAUGAGCAUAUUAUGGAAUUUAAUGAAACAUAUAGAAACUGUUUUUUUUUAAACAUUUCAAAUCAAACAAUUAUUAAACAAAUAAUUACUCUCAGACUUUUGUACAUUUCUCAGUGUCCCCGUUCGAUUCUUAGUAUUUAAUCUUCCUCUUGACACACAAAUAAAGAGGUGCGAUUGCUUUUCCUGUUAGCAAGAAAAUGACUGAACAUGUUUUGCAUGUUUUGCAAGAUGAUUCUCUAUGAGACUUAUUUUUUAACUAAUUUACUAGUUUAUUAAUUGGUUGCAGCAAAUUAAUCAAGUCUGUCAUUUUUCUAGUGGCAUGCUCAAGACUUUAUAGUCAUCACUCCUGGCAGGGAGCUUUCAUGGCUUCUCUGUCUCUGGUGCUCUUUUUUUGUUUGUUUGUUUGUUUUUCAGAUCCAACAUACCAGUGAUUACCCACACUGAUAAAGAAAAGCAUGACUGUUUGCAAGCCAACCCCACUGUACUGUAGCUGCUCUCUGGCUGUCUUUGUGGGAGUCUGUCACCUGAUGCUUUAAGAACUAGAAGACUUCAGACAGAACACGUUUUUUGUACCUGAUACAGUUUUCAGACAAUAAUGUAUAUAGUGUAAAUUACAAGUUAUGAAAAAUUGUAUGUUGCAGUUGGAAAAAUACAGGCGACGCUGUAAGUGUAGACUGUGGUUGGUCAUACUGUUACACGGUUCCUACUUGCAGUUCAUAACGUCAUUAUGUUUAUUGUAUAGUUCUUGUAUAUACGUACGUGAAUGAAAGCUUUAAAUGUUUAAUAUUUAUUGAAUUUUUAAGUGGUAUGGUGAACAAAGUAAAACAUAUUUGAAUGAACAAAGAUUUCACUUUUUUUUUUUAAUUUUGCUGCUUUUGUAUAAACUGUGGGGGACUGUAAAUACUCUCAGACAGGUGGGGGUAACAGCUCUGUUGAAACAUUUACAACUACUCUAAGUGUCCUUGAAUCAAAACAAUCAGUUCACAGUGUAGGUCAGUCUGAAUUGAAUCAUGCAAAUUUGC